CACACACACACACACACACACACUCACUCAUAUCUGUUUCUACCAGAGGCUUUCAGACCUUGACAGCUGAAAUUGUGGAAAACGAAGCAUGGCGAAAAUGUCAGCUGUCUCUGGAAAGUUUUUGCGGUGGUUGCUGGUGGCAGUUUGUCUAGUCCUGGCAGUCGUCAUCAUCACACAGCAGUUCAGCUCCUGGUACACAGCUGACGGGCAAAAUUCUUUACCUGAUAUCGUCUAUUCCUUCCAUGAUAAACCCAAAGCACCCAUCGAGCUGUCAGCUGGCCCAUGUCGUGCAAAGAGAGAGUGUCCUGCAGAUCAGUUCAGCUUCUACAUCCACAGUGGAGCCGCAAACGUCGUCCCUCCAGUGGUCUGCAUCCAAAACAAACUGGUUCUUGGAGCUGCGCUGAACAAUGCUGGAGGUGGAAUAAACAUUGUUGUUGUAAAUGGUAAAACAGAAGAAGUCCUGAAGACUGACAGAUUUAACAUGUACAGUGGAGAAGUGAAACCUCUCAUUGACUUCCUGAACAUCAUCGAGAAGGGCUCCAUUGUUAUUAUAGCCUCCUACGACGAACCAUCGACAAAGUUAAACGACGAGGCCAGAAAGCUGAUUGCUGAUUUGGGGAGCUCUGCGAUCUCCUCGGUGGGGUACCGGGAUAACUGGGUGUUUGUCGGUGCAAAAGGAGCAACAUUGAAGACCCCCUUUGAGAAGCACCUGAAGAACGAAGAGGAGAAGAAUAAAUACGACGGCUGGCCCGAGAUGAUUGAACUGUACGGAUGUGUCCCCAAAUACCUGGAGUGAGGCACGAGGCUGCAGAUGCAUGUUGAGUUAUUUAGGCACUGACCUGGGAUCAGGGGGCCAAAAGGAACUCCUGUUAGAUCAGGCGCAAAACAAAUCCAGGUGAAUCCACCUGAUCAGCUCCCAUUAAAGCCUCAUUUGAGGCCAAACCUAAAAUCAUAAACUUUUUAUGAUUUUAGAUUUGGCAGUGUUUUAUCAAAGUGUUUACCAUCAGCGAGGUCUGCUUUGGAUCUCUGUCCUCAUCAACAUUAGAGAAGAAGGAAACACCCCUUUAGAUAUUUUAGAAGAAAUAAUCAGUUUAACAGGAAACCCUCUCUGCUCGGUCCCACCUCAGUACCUGGACUCUGUUAAUCCUGCAACGCUCACCUCGAAACUCGAGCAGUGAAUUUUAAAUGGCAUCUUCUGUGACCGUACAUCAUUUAAAGGCAAAAGUCUCAUGAUUCAAGCAUCAGAACCAUUUUGAAAUAAUGUAAAAAGUCCAACGAGCUGUGAUUUUCAUGGCACCUCAUUUUUUGUUUUUCUGGCUUUUCUGUUUUUGGUGAAAGUUUUUGAGAUGAUGUCACUUUUUGAUAGAAAGGUUUUAAAAAAUAAACUCUGGCAACGUGUGUGAGGCUUAGUCUGAAGAUCGUUUGUGCUGCUUGUAAUGAAGUAAACCCAGAGGAAUCUGUUACUGCCACAUUAUCAAAAAUCAGGCAUUUUGUUCCAAAGUUAGGCACCUAAAUGCACCUCCUGCUGGUGACGCUUGUUGCAUCUUUGGAUGGUUGCAUUCUUGGGGAAAGAAUCCUCUUAAUGCAUAUAUACAAAGUUUAUUGCAAAGAAACAGACAGUGUCAAAACAGAUGCUUCUCGAGCCAUCUGGGACAGGAGGCCCAAUCAUCCUAACUCAACUCAACAAAGGGCAGAACAAAGGUUAUAUAGGGGUGGUCAAACCCCCCAUACUUCUAACUUUCCAUAUAUGGCUAUGAAAACAGCUUCAACCUACAACCUAUAUGUGGACAUAUGGUCAUCUCCUUAUAUGGAAGGCCAGAGAGCCUGCCAGAGGCCCUUCUGCAUUCCUUCUGGCCUGAGGCCAAACCUUAAAGCUCAGGUUACUUCUUUUACACAAUAAGGCCUAAAGGAAAGAGACCAUAUAUGCAUAUAUAGAGAGUUUAACAGAGCAGUACAGACACCUCAUAUUUCCCCCCUUCGAGACUUCAAACUAAGUCUCGAAAGACAAAGAUGUUUCUUAUUACUCCAAAUAACAGUGUCUCCCAUAGCAUGAUUUUAACAAAAAAUUUUCUGACUUCCUAUGAGGUGUGGGAGGAAAACCCCUACUUCUGGAGAAAUUCUCCCACGAUCCUGCUGUCCACAGUGAUCACCUUUGGCACCCCAGAGGAACUCAAAAAGACAAAAGGGAGUGUUAAUGAGUUCAUGUUACCAUUUAGCAAAUACACAAGAAAGCCUCAGCAAAUAAAAUCAAAAAAGUGUCCAUUAGAUCAGCUGGUCGACCCAUCGGACUCCUCUAUGGACCUCUCCCUGCCUAUCCAUUUCUCUCCCUAGAAUCGAAUAAAAGAAUAAAACCUCUGAGGUCCCAGUGUACUUACCAAAUGACAGAGACAUCAUUCUUGAAUUAAUUUAACCAAAAAUGUUGUGCAUACAUGGAAAGCUGUCACAUUGUACUUCUGUAGUGCACAUACAAUAAAGUAAUAUUUUAUUAUCAUGUGAAUUCA